AAAUCUUGAAGCUUUGAAUAGCUGGAACUGAGUGAUAUUUUGAAUGCUUCAAGAGAUACUGAGAAAGUGAAUUAUGAUCGUGUCACUAGCAUAAAUCUCACGGAACGUCAUCGCGCUUUGUGCGCUUGUUACGAACAAAAAAGCAUCUACUUCUUCACUGAAACAAUCGACGUUGAGCGUCCCGCCCGAUUCUAGAUGGCCGUGAUUCGACCGACAGUAGUCAGCUAGUCAGCUGCUACGCGAGGCGUGAGUUCCAGUUUGUGGCUGAUGGCCGGGCUGUGUAGAAGUGAUUUCGUAUGAAUACGGUCGUGGUCGUGGUUGUCUAUUUGGGAGCAACGUUUUAUGCGUGAAAACAAUUCAGCUUUGGUAGUAAAAAUGUUAAUAAGUGGGCUCCCCUCAACCCAUUAUAAAUGUGAACGAAGAAAAUAAGAUAUCGAAGAUGUAGCGGAAAAUAAUCGAAGCAUAUACACAGCGUACAAUCAAGCCCUUUUUUAUUUAUCCCCUCAGUGCGAAUCUUCGUGGCAUUUCGUUUCCGAAGGGAUCACUUGCAGCUCCAUUAUACGAACGUGUCGAUUGCAGGGUUCAUCUUUGCAAUUGAUUGAAUCCAAUCGAUUGCAGAAAAUACUACGGGACGGAGUUACAGGUUGCAAUCCGGAGGUAAGGGCGACGGAGAUGAGCGGCCACGUGACAUCAGGCCGUGCAGAAGGCAGUCAGGUCGUCUUAGAACGACUUCAUGCCAGCGUGAUGACCAACGCUGCCAAAUCUGUCGGGCCAACCUCCACCCCCUCCGUCGCCGACCAACCUAAUGAAAUAAAAGUUGGACAGCAGCUUGCACCUGAAAAUGGGACGAUUUCGAACAUGCAGAGGGUCUCCACGAGUUUGGUAUCCGGUGCAAUAGCUGGAGCAUUAGCUAAGACUACCAUUGCUCCGUUGGACCGAACGAAAAUAAAUUUUCAAAUAUCUCACCAGCCUUACUCAGCUAAGGCAGCUGGGAAAUUUUUAGUCAAUUCAUACAAAAACGAUGGUCUCCUCAGUCUUUGGAGGGGAAAUAGCGCGACAAUGGCUAGAAUUGUGCCCUACGCAGCCAUCCAAUUCACCGCCCACGAACAGUGGAAAAGAAUACUAGGCGUAGACGGACCAGAAAAGUCCAAAAUUCUCAGUUUUCUCGCUGGUUCAUUGGCCGGCGUGACGUCGCAGGGUUUGACUUACCCUUUAGACCUCGCGAGAGCUAGGAUGGCUGUUACGCAGAAGACUGAGUAUAGAACUCUUAGGCAAAUGUUCUCGCGAAUAUACAGGCAAGAAGGAGUGACUGCUUUUUAUCGCGGGUUCACACCGACCAUAUUGGGCGUUGUUCCCUACGCUGGCUUCAGUUUCUUUACCUAUGAAACUCUAAAACAAUUAUUAGCGGUUUACACAGUCAAUAGCUCAGGACUGUCCGCGAUAUCGGCACUUAUUUGUGGUGCUGUAGCUGGAAUGGUUGGCCAAACUAGUAGCUACCCUUUGGACAUUGUUCGCAGAAGAAUGCAGACCUCUGCUAUCAAAGGUGACGCGUACCACACCAUAACUACAACUGUGGUAAAAAUAUACACGGGGGAAGGAGCUUUUGCUUUUUUCAAGGGUCUGAGCAUGAACUGGGUUAAAGGGCCAGUUGCGGUUGGAAUCAGCUUUGCAACUUACGACGUUAUUCGCAAUGGUCUAAGAAAUGUUGUAUGUUAAAGCGAGCGGUUGAUAUUCGUCACCCACAAAGAACGCUCGUUAUUUUUUAAACGUUUAGAAUGAAAAAAUUUACUCGUAUGUGAUGAUAUCAAUUCAGCAAUCUAUAUUAUUUUAUCUAUCAUAAUGAAAUAUUGUACAUACUUAUAUAGGCCUAUAUACACACACAUUAUUACAGAAUGUGUAUCUGUUGACCGAUCUUGCGCUACAAGUCAUUGUUAAAAGUUUUGUAAAUAAUAUUGCAUAAGUCGUUAAAUGUAUUACGUUUUGAACAAAAAGAUAUAUAUUGUAUAUUGAUACCUCGUGACUAUAUCGGAGGAUAUUCGUUUGUCCCUGAAAUUGACAGACUACAAAUGACUCUUGUUAGUUGAUUGACGAAGCCAUACAUUUCUUUAUGAUAAUAGUUGAUAAAACUAAACUGAACUGUUGCAUGUCGCCGCAAUUUAUUCUACCACAGCUUCAUUCGGAAAAAAAAAUUAUUUCACUUUCAGACGGCACAACGAUCACAUCACGUUAUAUCGAGAAUUGUUGAACGAUUAGCGUCACGUAGUUUUAUUCGAAUUAUCUGAUCACAGAAAUUCUAGAAUCUAGAGAAUAUUAGUGUACAAACUCGAAUUUUUUAUACUCGAAUUUUUCGUAACAAUGUUAUGGAAUGAUAUACUGUACAUUGAGUCUCACUUGCAAUUAUCAUAGUGAUCAUGUGCUGGUAUUCGCGAUAACAACUGAUUACGAAUUUAACCGGGUCACUCGCUAUGUUACGGUGCAUUGGCUAAGUUGGUUGAUAAGACGGGAAAAACUAGGAGUCAAUCAACUGAACGAUGUAUACACGUGUGCACUUUGAAAAUGAUAUAUGAUUCUUGUAAGUCAGGAUUCUGAUAGUAAAAUGUACUUACAAUUAGUUGGGAAGUUAUUAUGUAAUAAUAACUCCCAAAACGCGGGCUAGCACAAUUCUUACGUACAUUUUAGAUUUUUCUUUGUUGUCCUUCUGUUUUUGUAUAUUAUUACCUGACAGUCUUCUUGGACGACUAGCAGUAUUGAACUCAUUGUCAAUCGUAAACGGAAAUACACUUAAUAAUUAUAUAAAUAAGCUGCUGCUGCUUUUGGCAGACAACACGAAUCGAUCGAAGAACUGCUAUAAUUAGUAAACUCUGAGUUUAGCUAAUCAUAAGUGAUGAAUGUUAUCGAGAAAGGAGUCAAUAAAUUAUUAUCUGAAAUGAGA